GUUUAAUGCUCCGCCCGUUGGAUACCUACAAUAUUACGCAUAAUAAGAAAUUUUCGGGGUCAGAUUAGUUGCGGUCAAUUAUAUCGAUUGUUGUACCGAAUUAUAUUCGUUCUCUCUCUCUCUCUCUCUCUAUCUCUAUCUAUUUGAAAGACAUGCUCGUUAAGUAAUUUUAUAAUUAUUGUGUUAUGCCAGAAAGAACGUUCUAAAUUCACAACAUGGCACAAGAAGUCGAGGAAACCAUGAAACGUAUACAAUCUCAUAAGGGCGUUGUUGGAACUAUUGUAGUAAAUGCAGAAGGAAUUCCUAUUAAAUCCACAUUGGAUAAUACAACGACAGUGCAAUACGCCGGCCUGAUCAGUCAGCUGUCAGACAAAGCACGCUCUGUAGUUCGUGAUUUGGAUCCAACAAAUGAUCUAACAUUUUUACGUAUUCGUAGCAAAAAACAUGAAAUAAUGGUUGCCCCAGACAAAGAAUUCAUUCUCAUAGUAGUUCAAAAUCCAGUGGAUUGAUAUUUGCAAAAAGGAAUUAUGCAUUGUAAACCUUCGCAAAAUUUCGAUUUUAUGUUUGUGACUAUUAUUUUAUUUGUUAUUUAAUACAUUCCACUUAAUCAUUUUA